AUGGCACUCCAUGGUCACGUACUGUCGCUUUCCCAGUUGAUUCUGGUAGUAUGCCCUGCCUUUUUCCUCUUUGGCUACAAUCAAGCCGGCGUCGGCGGUCUCGUAUCUGUGGAAGACUGGACCAUAACCUUCCCCGAAAUCGAUACUAUCCACACAUCAGGCGCCUUGAAAAGCCACAAUUUAACAGUACAAGGUGUUGUUAUCUCGACAUUUACCCUUGGUGCAUUGGUUGGGUCUCUUUCAUGCUCAUUGAUCGGUGACAUCUUGGGAAGAAGAAAUGUCAUAUUUGCAGGCUCACUUGCAACGUUGAUUGGGGAAGCCCUAUGUUGUUCCUCUUUUGGGCUCGCUCAGUUGAUUGUGGGAAGGCUUAUAAUUGGAAUCGGCAUUGGAAUGCUUAGUGGAACAGUACCUGUCUGGCAGUCCGAAUGUUCAUCGGCACAUAAUAGGGGCAAACAUGUUGUUCUGGAUGGCCUUUUCAUCAGCGCCGGGUACGCAAUAACAUCGUGGGUUAACUUGGGACUCUACCAUGUCAAAACCGGUUCAGUUGCCUGGAGAGUGCCACUGGCAAUUCCGGGGUUGGUUUCGCUAAUCCCCAUGUUUUCAAUUUUCUUUCUCCCAGAAUCUCCUCGAUGGCUUGUUCAAAAGGGCCGCCUUCAGCAAGCUCGUGCAACAUUAGUCAGUCUGAACAAUUCAUCAGCCCAGUCGGAAGAUGUGAACGGCGAUAUUGCGGCAAUCCAGUCAACACUAAAGAAUCACUCUCGCGGUGUCUCAAUAAUGGAUAUUUGGCGCCCAAACGAUGAAAGGUUAUUCUACCGCUUCGCUCUGUGCAUCAUGCUCCAGUUCUACCAGCAAAUGUCGGGAGGAAACCUCAUCUCAGUCUACGCUCCGAUUAUCUUCGAAGAUAACCUCCAAAUGACCAGCACGAUGUCUCGAAUACUGGCUGCCGCGACGCUCUCGUGGAAGUUUCUCUCGUGUUUCGUGGCUUUUUACUGCAUCGAUCGGUUCGGUCGCCGCGUGGUGUUUAUUGUCAGCGGGUCGGGGAUGUCGCUUUGUAUGCUGGCCUUAGCAAUCACCACGAGCUUUCCACAUACAAACAAGCCCGCUUCGGUUAUUUCGGCGCUUUUUAUUUUCUUGUUUAACUUCUUCAUCCCCAUCGGGUUUCUGGGUGCCAACUUUCUAUACUGUACGGAGGUAGCGCCGCUCCGGCUGAGAGUUGCUAUGGCUUCGAUCUCAACCGCAAAUCAUUGGCUUUGGAAUUUUGUUGUCACGAUGAUAACUCCUGUUGCAAUCAACAAUAUUGGCUAUCAGUAUUAUAUAGUAUAUGCCGUGAUUGGUGCAUGUAUCCCUAUCUCGGUGUAUUUCCUGUAUCCGGAAACUAUGGGGUGGAAGCUGAAAGACUUGGAUAUACUGUUCAAACAAGGGCUGAGCAUUCGAGGAAUUGUUAGGUCGUCUUAUAGGCCUCCAAACUGUGAUGUAGAAAGCCGGGUUUCAUUUGAAAAAAAGUGA